CUCCCACUAAGCCUGAGAGCUCGGCGGGUGGUCAGAGUGUCCUGCAGGCAAGAUGGCGGCGUCCUGUGGAAGGUUAUUGGCAUCGUGGGUGGGUCGCACAGGCCGUCUUACUGGGCAACUCCCCCGGGUCGCUGGGUCUUCUGUGCCGAGGAACAUGACUGCCGUUACACCUUCUAUUUGUGCCGCUCAGAAACUCCAGUUCAGCACCAGUUCAGGGCGGUUCCUUCCUGCCGUUACCCAGCAUGCUCCACAAUUUAAAGGCACGGCUGUAGUCAAUGGGGAGUUUAAAGAGCUGAGCCUGGAAGACUUCAAGGGGAAAUAUUUGGUUCUCUUCUUUUACCCUCUGGACUUCACAUUCGUCUGCCCCACGGAGAUCGUGGCUUUCAGUAACAAGGCCAAUGAAUUUCAUGAUGUCAACUGUGAGGUCGUGGCAGUGUCUGUGGAUUCUCACUUCUGUCACCUUGCAUGGACCAACACACCUAGAAAGAGUGGAGGACUGGGUCAAAUGAACAUCCCCCUGCUCUCUGACCUGAAUAAACAAAUCUCCCGGGAUUAUGGGGUUCUGAUGGAGACUGCCGGCAUCGCUCUUAGGGGGCUUUUUAUUAUUGAUCCUAAUGGAAUAAUCAAGCACAUGAGUGUGAAUGACCUUCCCGUCGGAAGGAGCGUGGAGGAGACCCUGCGACUAGUAAAGGCUUUUCAGUUUGUGGAGACGCACGGGGAAGUCUGUCCAGCCAACUGGACUCCUGACUCACCAACAAUCAAACCCAGUCCAGAAGGAUCCAAGGACUACUUUGAGAAAGUGCACUAACCCCAAAAAGGCUGUGAAUUCUUCCGAUGGCACAUGCCUCACAUUCAUCAGUGAAAGGCAUUGAUUAUAAAAGUAGCAGACUGGGGUGCAUGUGAGGACUGACUAAUGAUAAUAGCACUUCAUCUCUUUAAUAAAGGACAAAUACAUUGUA